CUUCUUCGGAGGCAGCGGUAUGGACUGCGUACAUCUUACCCUCCCUAGAUUCCACUUUGUGGGAAUUCACUGGGUUUGUUGUUGUUGUUGUUGUUUUAUUUCUUAUGAAAUAAUCCCAUUUAAGUUAUAUUUCAUAAUUUUUUAAAAAAGUACACCCAGAUUCUAAACAUUUAUUGCAAAAAGUAUGGCCAAACACAACUACUACUUCGAAAUUUCAAAUAACUGUGAAUUUUUUUCUUUCAUUGCCAGGCGCCCACUUUAAGUCAUUAUAUUGUUGUUUCCUAUAUGUGAGUUGUUAGGCUACUUUAAUAAGGUAACUUAUUUUAUUUAGAAGUAUCUUAUAACUCCAAAGUAUAUCUUUUUAAAUUAAUGUGCACUAUACUAUAAUUGGACCUAUGACGUAUAUGCUCCAGCUUGAAAAGAAGAAUGAAUAACAUUCCCAGAAAACUUUGCCGAAGUCUAAGAUGUUGCUUACAUGCUGUACACAUGGCAAUGACUGAGACAACCGUUGGUCCAUGAUUUCGUGUGCCAAUGCCUGUCAGUCGAUGUGACGGUGUGUGAGGGUUUGUGCAGUGGGAAACUCAGUACUGUUUGGUCAAUGUAUUCCUCGUUGAGACGAUGCUCCUGGUGUAGUUUGUUGUCUUAUUUGGCGACGGGAUUGUACUAACCUUUAAGCAGUUUAUAGACCUUUGCUCAAACUCGCUAAAAAACUUUUCUGAUAACCAUACAUUAAAGAAAAGAGAACUUUCCGGUGAAUGCCUAAAUGCAGUUUAUUUCUCUUUGAUUCUGAUACCAUGUGAAGUUCGAUAAUGCGUUAAAGAGCGGGAUGAGAAGAGAGAAACUAUUUGUCUUAAGCAGUAAACUCAAUAUACGUGACUUUAUAGAUGUUAUUCGCAUAUUCUAAGGUAAGUUUCCUUACUUGCAGAAUUCCAUUACUACGAAAUAAUCUUUCCUAAUCACUAACAAUAUUUUAAAAUGUACAUCGUUCUGGACAAUGGACCCAGGCAUAUCCUUGAAAGAUUGCACAUUUGAGUAUAAUGUUUUGAUGGAUCUCUCUUCUAUUUCCUUGUUUUACUUUGUUGGAAUUCAUAUCUUUCAAUAUGCAUAUAUUCUUGAAUUCUGUCUCAAAGCAGCCAUAAAUUCAAAAUUAAAUGUUGGAGUGUUGGUUCCUGAUUUGUCCUACUUAAUUCUGCAGGGGACCUUCCCUUGUAUCCUCUCUGAAGGAUUCGUCACUUCACAGUUCUCUUCGUCAACCUGCAUUUGAUGUUAUUCAAACUAUUAUAGUCUCUGAUGCUUCUGCUCUGAUAACUUCAAUUCUGAAGUAUCAACUUGCUACUAGUGCCGAAAGAUGCUUGCCAUUCCAGCUUGAUGAAGAAGAGGGCCAAGGAAAUAUGUUUGGUUGUGAUUUUGAAGAAAAUGAUGUCAGUUGUUGGAACGAAUUUAGUUCUCAAGCUGAUAUAACAUCAGAUCUCUGUGGGGAUUGGAUGUGCAUCCCAAUGUUGUGGUUUGAGAUUUUAGUUGAAAUUGAUCCGUCGAUUCUUCCAAUAUCAUUUGCUAAGGCUGUUUUCUGGGCUUUGUCACGCCUUUCUUUACUAGAAUCUGAUAAUGACUCGGAUAUGACACCUUCAGUUGGUCACUGGUUGAGAACCUGUGGUUCAGAUAUCUCUCAUGUUUUCAAUUGGAAGGUUCCAUCUGGUUCAAAUGAUGGUGGCGAGGGAGUGGAAUCUAAAAACUCCAUUAAGGUCUCAACAAAGUGUAUACCUCUAAUUAGGCUUUUCAAGAGGUCAACUGCUCAUUUCAUCAUCAGAAUGGAGCAAGGGGAGCUAAGGAAGCAGUGGACAUGGGAGCCCAUGAUUAGUGACAGUUUGAUUCUUCUGCUUGUGGAUCCCAACGACAAUGCUAGACAUGUUGGUCGGUGUAUUCUUGAACAACUUUCAAAUACACGAGGCCUAACUAGUGGACUGCAGUUUCUUUGCUCCAGCCCAUCAUCACUCGUAGCUACCUUUACAGGGAUAAGACAUGCUCUAAAGCUGGUUCAGUUGGACUGCGUUCUAUCAGAAUUUCAGACUUUGCAUCAUUUCUUUUUUGUUAUGUGCAAACUAAUAAAAGAAGGGAAUUCAUGUAGCCAACCUCUAGUCGGAAAAUCUUGUGAGGACGUUGGUAUCUCGAAGUUUUCUUCUCAAGGGGGAUUCUUAAAGCAGCCAGUGCUUCAAGCUCAAAAUGAGCACAUGGAUGCACAUAACGCAGUUGUCAGUUCCAUUUUAUGGGAGAAAUUUUGUUGCUUACUCUCAGAAAUGGCUUGGAUUUCGGUCCAGAAGUGCUUGGCAGCUGGGAAGGUUUUUAUAGGUCAAAAAUCAUCUCAGAUGACCUGCAUCAGAUUAUUAGAGACCCUUCCUGUUGUUUUUGGAAGGCUUUGCCGAGAACCGACUGCAGUCCUUAAUAAUGCAGUGACGCAAUGUCUUCGGGAUCUGAUAGAUUGGGGUCAUUCACCACUUCCAGUAGUGGUCAGAUAUUGGAAAGAUGCUUUAAUUUCAUUGUUGAUUUUGAUUAAAGAAUCAUGCUGUGGUGUCCCUGCUUCAUUAGCUGCAGAUUUUGAGAAACUUAUUUCAUGUGAUAAUAUUCCAAUGAAUGAGAUGACCAAGCAAGUUGCUCAGCUUUCUGUUUCACUUGUGGAUGGGAGUUACACUGACUUGAAAAAAACUAAUGUUGAUUCCAAAUGUUUGCCUGGGGAAGAAUUUAUUCUUGCCGACAACUCUGCCAAGCCUUUUAGUAGGAUGGGUAAAAGAAUGCAUGUUCCAGACUCAAAAAGAUUUGUGGAUAAGGAAAUAAGUAAUUUGAUAGUUCAUUCAGGUGAUGAUAGAGAAACAGAUGCUUCUGUUGGUGCAGAUAUCAAUUCUUGUGUCAACUUUGAUCCUAAACUUGUUGGCCAUAUUGCUGGGAAAGUUGUGUAUUCUGAUCCUGUGAAAGAAAUUGACUCCAGGAAGAUUUCUCAGCCAGUUGAUCUUUGUCUGGAUCUGGAUAUCCCAAGAUUUGAAUUAAAUGCAGUACAGGCGGGAAAGGAUUCGCCUCUUGUCAAUUCAAAAGCUAUGGAGCCUAAGAGCGAGGAAACUGAUAUCAAGUGCCGUUUAAAUUAUUUAAAUCUGAAUUCCAAAGAAAAUAGUUCUCUCACCUCUGAGCUUCAUUCUUCUCUUGGGAGCUCAUCUUAUGGAGGUGCAAGUACGAAAGAGAAUGAUGGGGAAUGGGUUAUAAAAACUAAUGAUGCAGUCUUGAAAGAGCUCGUAAGCGAAAAUAGAGGUGAUCAGGAGUCGGCUUUCCUCGUUUCAGCUAGACGUCAACGAUCAUUCUCCAUAAAAACAAGUCUCUCUGGUCCGAAAAGGAAAGUCAUUCAACUCAGCUUACCGGUUGAAAAUCGGUCUAACGCUUUGAGAUUGGAUGAUGGAGUAAAAAGAUUUAAAACUGUGAGGCUUGAUGAUUGGUAUAGACCUAUUCUAGAGUUCAAUUACUUCUCAACAGUUGGUUUGACAAGUGCAGGCGAAGGAAAUAAUGAUAGUUUGAGUAAAUUAAAGGAGGUUCCUGUUUGUUUCCAAUCUGUUGAUGAAUAUGUUGAAAUUUUUCGUCCUCUCAUAUUGGAGGAGUUCAAGGCACAACUGCAGAGUUCCUUUCAGGAGAUGACUUCUCCAGAAGAGAUGUCUUGCGGCAGUCUUUCUGUAAUGUCAGUCGAAAGAAUUGAUGAUUUUCACUUUAUUCGCUGUGUUCACGAGGAUGUUGAUUCAUCUGGUUCUAAAAGCUGCUCAGACAAUGAUCUUAUUUUGCUUACAAGACAGCCUCUGAGGAAUUCUUGUCCUGAUAUUCACAUGGUUGGAAAGGUGAAGUGUGCUUCUUGAGUAGAAUUUUAUCAUGCUGUGAUUAGUUAUUGGUCGAUGUUUAAAUUAGAGAAAA